UUCUGUUCUUGUUACAGGGCUUUGACCAGCUUCGACUUGAAGGAUUGCUUUGUGAUGUGACCUUAAUGCCAGGUGAUACAGAUGAUGCCUUCCCUGUACAUCGGGUCAUGAUGGCAUCUGCUAGUGAUUACUUCAAAGCUAUGUUCACAGCUUUCUCUUAACAUGGACAACCUUCAAGACACCCUGGAAGCUGCCAGCUUUCUACAGAUUCUGCCGGUUUUGGACUUCUGUAAAGUAUUUCUCAUAUCUGGGGUUACUUUAGACAAUUGUGUCGAAGUGGGGCGGAUUGCCAACACCUACAAUCUGACCGAAGUGGACAAAUAUGUUAACAGUUUCGUCUUAAAGAAUUUUCCUGCAUUGCUGAGCACUGGGGAGUUCUUGAAACUCCCUUUUGAGCGUCUUACCUUUGUGCUUUCCAGUAAUAGCCUUAAGCAUUGCACUGAACUUGAGCUCUUUAAGGCUACCUGUCGCUGGCUGCGCCUAGAAGAGCCUCGGAUGGACUUUGCUGCAAAAUUAAUGAAGAACAUACGAUUUCCACUGAUGACACCCCAGGAGCUCAUUAAUUACGUGCAGACGGUGGAUUUUAUGAGAACGGACAAUACGUGUGUGAAUUUGCUUUUGGAAGCCAGCAAUUACCAAAUGAUGCCCUACAUGCAGCCAGUGAUGCAGUCAGACAGGACUGCCAUUCGUUCUGACACUACUCAUUUGGUUACACUUGGAGGAGUACUGAGGCAGCAACUGGUUGUCAGUAAGGAAUUGCGCAUGUAUGAUGAAAAGGCCCAUGAGUGGAAAUCUCUAGCCCCCAUGGAUGCCCCAAGGUACCAGCAUGGUAUCGCUGUCAUUGGAAAUUUCCUCUAUGUUGUUGGUGGACAGAGUAAUUAUGACACAAAAGGAAAAACAGCUGUCGAUACAGUGUUCAGAUUUGAUCCUCGAUACAACAAAUGGAUGCAAGUUGCAUCUUUAAAUGAAAAGCGCACCUUCUUCCACCUAAGUGCCCUCAAAGGAUAUCUGUAUGCAGUAGGUGGGCGAAAUGCAGCUGGGGAACUGCCUACAGUAGAAUGUUACAAUCCAAGAACAAAUGAAUGGACCUAUGUUGCCAAAAUGAGUGAGCCUCACUAUGGACAUGCUGGAACUGUAUAUGGAGGAGUGAUGUAUAUUUCAGGAGGAAUUACUCAUGAUACUUUCCAAAAAGAACUCAUGUGCUUUGAUCCUGAUACUGACAAAUGGAUUCAAAAGGCACCGAUGACCACUGUCCGAGGUCUGCAUUGCAUGUGCACAGUGGGCGAAAGGCUCUAUGUCAUUGGUGGCAAUCACUUCAGGGGAACCAGUGAUUAUGAUGAUGUCCUAAGCUGUGAAUACUAUUCACCUAUUCUUGACCAGUGGACCCCAAUUGCUGCCAUGUUAAGAGGGCAGAGUGAUGUUGGGGUCGCUGUCUUUGAAAACAAAAUCUAUGUGGUUGGGGGAUAUUCUUGGAAUAACCGUUGUAUGGUUGAAAUAGUGCAGAAGUAUGAUCCAGAUAAAGAUGAAUGGCAUAAGGUUUUUGAUCUUCCAGAGUCCCUUGGGGGCAUUCGAGCUUGUACACUCACAGUUUUUCCACCUGAAGAAACCACUCCAUCACCUUCUAGAGAGUCUCCUCUUUCUGCACCUUAAGAUCCUCCUUACAACUAAAAUACUAUAGUCCUAUAUUUGCAAUGUAUCAUUAUCUUCUUUUCCCCCCUUAAGUAGUAUACAUGUUAGGAUUACCCUCCAGUGAUUAAUACAGAUAUUGGGAAAAGAGACAACAUUGAUGUUAUUUGUGCUGUUUGUUUGGCCUAGAAUGUUUAUAAAGUGAUAAUAAAACCGUCCUGGAAAUAUAUCCCAUAGAAGCUGAUGUUUAACAUAUGAAAAAAGGUAUUGUCUAUGAAAUGUUUCUUCAGUACUUUUUUAAUGCUGUGUACUGGGUGUAAGGUAUAUGUCAUCUUAUAUUAUAAGCCAAGUUGAAGUUGGAUUAUAGUAAAUGUACAACUGUG